CGUAAUUAAAAACCAGCCUAUCUGUGAAAGCCAUCAAGACACAGCGAGCUACGUUUUGCCACGAUCCGAAUCACCAAGUUCUACCCGAUGAGUCGGAUCAGUGAUCUCGUACUAUGAUGACUCAAUUCGUUUAUAUAUAACGUAUAUACGAAACUGGUGAAGGUGCACACACCGCUGCACAUCUCCCAGUUUUCAUCAUGGCUUCAAGUGGUAUCCCGUUGGAUACAGGCGCUUUAAUAUCAGCAGUGCUGGAAGGCAUUUUAUACGGCUUUUCAGUGCUCAUGUUUAUGGGCACCAUCUGGUCUUUGACCUCCAAACGGCAGGUGCAAGACAUCAAUCGCUGCCCAAUUGUCGUAGUGGCCACCCUGCUGUUGUUACUGAGUACCGCGCACAUGGUCGCGACCAUCAUUCGUUUGGAAGAUGGAUUUGUGAAGUAUCGCGACACGUACCCAGGCGGGCCAGUAGCAUUUUUCGCAGACGUUUCGCAAGGACUGUAUGUGAUCAAGCAUGCACUAUACGUCUUACAAACGCUACUUGCUGAUGGGGUGGUGGUUUAUCGCUGCUAUGUUGUCUGGCAAUCUGUCCGGGUUAUCAUCCUACCAAGCAUGUUGUGGUGUGGCGUCGCAGUGACUGGUGUUUAUGGGGUCUGGAAUGGUUCGCAAUACGACAGCGUCUUCGUCCCAGAGCUUAUGACGUGGAUCCUGGGUUUUUUUAUCUCGACGAUUGCAGCUAAUGCAUUGAGUUCAGGAUUAAUGGCAUAUCGAAUAUGGGCGAUUGAACACAGCAUUACUACAGUUCGCGCUAGUACGCAGGGCACUAUGAUGCCAAUAGCGCGCGUGCUCAUAGAUGCCGCCGUGUUGUACUCUGUGGCGCUUCUCAUCACAUUAAUCUGUUUCAUUUGCUCGAACAACGGAGAGUAUGUUAUGUUGGAUCUGGUCAUGCCAAUCAUAUCGAUUGCCUUCUACAUGGUGCUUAUUCGCAUUGCCAUGAAUAGAAAUUACAGUUAUCGUUAUCUUUCGGCUGUGGGGACGACCGCCGAGAUGGAACAAGGCAAUUUGCAGAAAUAUCCUACGAUACCUCUGCAGGUUCAUAUAUCCCGAUUUAUGUGCAGUGACGGUACUUCAGCGUACGGAAUAGGUAGUGACCAUCAGAGGAGGUCAUCUCCAAGGGCGUUGACAGAGUGGAGGUGAUAUCAGGGCCGAAUAUGUGAUCCUCCCAAAUGGAACAUCUCAACGUCAUCCCACUUCAUAACGGUGAUAUCACAAGUUGAAACUUCUCCAAAUCCUAAUGAUGA